AUGAACUCAGACUUCCACGCCACUGUAUGCCCACAACACGAAUUGCGUGCUGAGACAAUUGGUCCUAAGGACACGCCCUACGAGGGCGGCCGGUUUGCGCUGGAGAUCAAAGUACCGGAUGACUAUCCGUUUGGGCCGCCAAAAGUGCGUUUCACCACAUGCAUUUGGCAUCCGAAUAUAUCGUUCGUAUCUGGCAUGAUCUCUCAGGACAAACUGAAGAGCAGUUGGUCAGCGGCGAUAACAUUGCGCACAACAUUGCUAUCGCUGCAGGCGCUGCUAUCUGCUCCCGAGCCGGACAAGCCGCAGGACAUUGUGGUGGCCAAGCAGUAUAAAGAAAAUCAUGAUUUAUUUAUCGUCACGGCAAAGCAUUGGUCUGCCGCCUAUGCCGGGGGUUCUUUCAGUUCUGCCGACUGCGAUGCCAAGAUCCAGCGCAUCAAAGAUAUAGGUGUCGAUGAGAAAGUGGCGCGCACUGUACUCUCCAUACAAAACUGGGUUCUGUCGUCAUUAGAUCUCUUUCGCUACAUACAAAGUAUACAAACCUAUAAUACAGUUACCAGUCCAGUGGCCGAGGGAGUCUCAUUUGCAAUAUGUUAG